AUGGAAAUUCUGGAAGAUUUGGUGCAUUUUUUUAAAUCUUUAAAUAUUAAUGUUACCUUGACUCCUCAUGAAAUCAAGUAUAAUAAAGAGAAAGCAGAAUACGAUGAGGAAAUGGAAUAUAAUAAAGAAAUAAUAGAAGACACUCAAUUUGAGAUUCGAAUAUUAAGUAAGAUUGUAAUUAGAAAACCAUCAAAAGAUGUGUAUGAUGAAUAUACUCUAUUUAAAUGUGCAUUAAAAAAGUGCAAUAAUAUAGAUGAAAACCUUGAUAUCCAAUUUGCCAAGUAUAUAUUUGAUUAUCAUUCUAUGAGGGAGGCAUAUGAAAAUGAUAUUCGAAUGACAAAAGAGUGUGAUCAAUCUCAUUUUGUGUUUUUUCUUUUAACUUCGCUCAAAAUGUUGAGAUGUCUCAUGACCCUUAACAACCAGGAAGAUGCAAAAGCAUUAAAAGAAGCCAAUAAAAUUACAUCUAUGGUGUAUUCAUUUCUCACUUCUGUUUUAGAUAAAGCAGAUGAAAUCAGGUGGAUAACUGUGAUGAGCAGAAUAAAAAAUUGUGUUUACUAUGGUACUUCCUAUGGGCUUAUCAUAUUCAAAUAUUUCAAAAGAUCAAAUAUCACUUUCAGAUCAAAGGGUAUACUCGAAAUUCCAUUGACUGAGAAUUUGGUAAUACUAAAAAAGAAUGAAUUCAAAUUAUUAAAACUGAAUAUCAAUGCUGAAAGUCUAAAUCCUCAAGAACUCUUACCAAAGGGUCUUUUUGAAGAAAAACAAGUUGACAUUUGGAACAACAUUCGCUAUAUUGCCUAUUGCUUUCUGUGA